AUGUCCAUAUCAACAAUCAAAACAUUGGGUGAAUUUAUGGCUGAUUGUGCUCGAACAACCCAUCGACUUUCUUGUUAUACACCAUUACCAAGUCAUGCUGCUCAGAAGAGAAUCAUGCGUAGUAAUAGUACUAGUGAGAGUGGUGAACAUCGUCGUCAUCAUCACCAGCAGCAUCGUUUAUUUAUUCGAAAUUUUCUUACGGAUUUUCGUCGUCAGUCGAGUGUCAAUGAUUAUAAAUUUCCAAAACCAUUGAUAACAUCACAUCGUCCUUUACAAAAGUUUAUUAAGGCUAAGUCACUUGCAGUUACUGAUGAAGAAACUGGAGAUUUAUCAGCAACACGUUUAUCUAUAUCAAAUUCUUUAACAAGUGUUCAUAAACAAUGUGAACAAGAUGAUGCUGAAACAACAAAUAAACUUUUAGAAAUAGGUCGUGUGGCUUCAUGGGCUGUUGGCUUUGAAAAAUUGCUCAAUGAUGAUAUGGGUUUAUAUGUAUUUACUGAAUUUCUUAAAAAAGAAUUUAGUCAAGAAAAUAUUCAAUUUUGGAUUGCAUGCGAACAAUUUAAAAAAUUAUCCGAUUCAGAAGAGAUUCGUCAUAAAGCCAGUUUAAUUUGGGCAACUUAUUUACAUGACACAGAUGAUGGUUCCUGUCCAAUUAAUAUCGAUAGUAGAACACGACAAGAAUGUCAACAAUCUUUAUUAAAUAAGCCUAAUGCUCAUAUAUUUGAAAAGGCUCAAUCUCAGAUAUUCCAAUUAAUGAAAUAUGAUUCAUAUACAAGAUUUCUUAAAUCAAAUAUGUAUAAAGAUUGUAUUAUGAGUGAAAUGGAAGGUAAAUCUAUACCAUACUCAAAACAACAGCCACAACAACAAUAUCAUCAUCAUCAUCAUCAUCAUCACCAUCAUCAUCAUCAUGCAAUCUCAUCCAUUAAUGAAGAUCGAUCAAAAACACUUGAUUCUCUCACAAAAUUAAAAGACGAUGAAAAAAAAGAUAAAAAACGAAGUCCACUUUUACCUUGGACAAAAGCAUUCAUUAAAUGGAAACGUCUAUCAGCGGCACCAGAGACAAGCAAGUUUCUUUUUUUUCUUUUAUUUUUUUUUGGUGUUCUGCAUCUAUACACAGAAUAA